CCGACACUCACCACACACUCACCGAGACGACGACACAACCAGAACCACCCCCUCGAUGCCCGCGGACUGCUCUACGCCACUGAGACAACACCGAUAUGGCGGCCGAACCGAACGACGCUCAGAAAGCGAACGUGGACGCAACGCAACAAGAAGCGCUCGAUUACUGGGGUUACCUGAUUAAGCCCGACAAGUGCGGGACAGAGACUUUGGACCGGCUGCUGAAGGGGAUCGCCGACGUCAUUAGCAAGAAGUUCGAGCCUCACGAUUGUCAGGAUCUCACUCCCUCCCAGCUCUCCGCAUUCUACCGCGAGGUCGGCGGUAACUACGAUGUACUCUUCAUUGAGACGCCACCCUCGUCCAUUGCCUUCAUCUAUCGCUCGCUCGGCGCAUUCCAUAGCCUACAGCCGGCUCCCGAUGACGAUGGGUACUCGUGCCCCGCCAUCCCCGCGCUGAAGAAGAAGGGCUUCGUCACGUGGCAGACCAUCCAGCUUCUGCUGGGCCCAGAGGAGCACGUUCCGUUCUUGCAGAAGGCAGUGCAACAGUUUGACGUUGUGGAUCCCGAGACCGGGAACCUGUUCCCCAAGAUCUUGCCUAAGGAGUGCUUUCCCGAUAGACCCGAUGAUGCGAUGGAGGCAUGGUACCAGGGUGUUGCCGAGCGCCUGAAAAGAGAAGCCGAAGAGGAUGCCGCGGAGAAGGACGAUGUCACCCGCGUCCAUGUAGAAGUCGAUGACUCAGCACCGCGCAUGUCGAGCGAAAUGUCAGGCGAGGGAUCUGCAGACGACAGACACGGCGCUGCAAAGUACUUUGAAGACCCCUUGUACCGGAAAGGAAGGCUACGGCCAACCUUUGUGCGGCGCUUCUCCAAAGCAAGUCCCAGGCAAUAUGUAGAAGACCGCGGGAGGAUGGUGGCACAUACAGUCAGGCACAUGUGGAAUCCGUUCAACAGGAGACGAAGCUUACCAGGAAGAUAUGAGGAAGACAGCUUUUCGGAUGAUGAUGUUACUCCUAUCGCCACCGCAGCGCCGCCCCCUCGAUACUCCCAUAAGCGUCCGCUCCCCCCGCGGCGAGAAGACUCGCUGUCUACCACCGAUUCCGAGUCAGACUCGGAUGGACCCCUAUCACGGCACAGACCCCCAGUAUUGCGGCAUAGAAGGAGCCAUGAGCCAGCGACUAGCCCACGAGAAUAUUUUCCACCAACAUUCGAUGAACGCCGAUACUCGCAAGAUGCCCCAGCAAAUAAAAAACAAGACGGUCCUGCGCCGCUAUAUGGGCCGACAAAAUCACCACUAUUCGCAACGCAUGUUGCACAGCUACAAGCCCACAACUACUAUGACCGCCGGCCAGCCCUAGCCUCGCGAGGUUCAUACCGUCCGCAUGGCGUGCGGUACACAGUGAGGCCACCUAGUCCACGCGAACCCGACCUACCGUAUGUUCGUGACGGAUAUGAUCCCAGCAGCAGCAGCAGCAUUCGGCCCCGACGACGCUCUGACGAACACAUCCGUGAGCGAGAAGUCAGGGAAAGAAGCGACAAAGGACGUACACGCAGCCACGAUCGGGUUAAAGAUGAUUGGGACGACCGAGAUAGAUCACGGGAUAGAGACCGAGGCCGUGACAAAAGAGAUCGGUCGCGAACGCACAGGUAUGUGGCUGGUGUACAAGAUGGCGUCGGAGGUCGACGUUAUCCUGUGGAACAGCCGUGGUAGUGAAAGGGGUUUGGUC